CUUCGCCACGCGCUCGCCGUCGUGAGCAGGGAACGCGAUCUGGCCGUGCAGGAGAAGCACCAGCUCCAAGCCAAGCUGGAGAACCUAGAACAGGUCCUGAAGCACAUGCGAGAGGCCGCGGAGCGGCGGCAGCAGCUGGAAUUGGAGCAUGAACAAGCGCUGGCUGUUCUCAAGGCCAAGCAGCAGGAAAUCGACCUUCUGCAGAAGGCUCAGGUUGAAGCUAAGAAAGAACAUGAAGGCGCUGUGCAGCUGCUAGAGUGCAAGGUGCGAGAGCUGGAGGAGAAAUGCCGGACGCAGAGUGAGCAGUUCAGCCUGCUGUCCCGGGACCUGGAGAAGUUCCGGCAGCAGGCGGGCAAGAUCGACCUGCUAGGCGGCGGCUCUGUGGCCUCCUUGGAUGUCCCCACAUCCCCCAGCAAGCCUUUCCCGCAGUUCAUGAACGGACUAGCCCCCUCCCUCAGCAAAGGUCAGGAGAGCACUAUUGGAAGCCGCACUGCCAUUGGUGAAUAUAUCCGGCCCCUCACGCUCUCCGGUGACAAGCCGGAGACUCUGUCUGUCAAGCCCACCUUUCUGUCAAGAGCCGGGAGCCCAAGAUGCAGAUUUGAGUCAGAGAUGGACAAUGAACGGAAUUCCAAUACCUCCAAGCAGAGAUACUCGGGGAAGGUCCACUUGUGUGUCGCCCGCUACAGUUACAACCCCUUCGAUGGGCCAAAUGAGAACCCAGAAGCCGAGCUGCCCCUCACGGCGGGGAAAUACCUCUAUGUCUAUGGGGACAUGGAUGAGGAUGGCUUCUAUGAAGGCGAACUCCUGGACGGGCAGAGGGGUCUGGUGCCCUCCAACUUUGUGGAUUUUGUCCAGGACAACGAGUCGAGACUGGCAAGUGUGCUGGGAAACGAGCAGGAUCAGAAUUUCAUCAACCAUUCCGGCUUCGGCGUGGAGGGGGAGCGCAUCUUCGACCUCCACUCCCCCACUCAGACGGACUCCGUCACCGACAACGGCGCGGGGACGCUGGAUGUGAACAUCGACGACAUUGGAGAAGACAUCGUGCCUUACCCUAGAAAAAUCACCCUUAUCAAACAACUCGCCAAAAGUGUCAUUGUGGGCUGGGAGCCCCCCGCAGUGCCGCCGGGGUGGGGGGCGGUGAGCAGCUACGCCGUGCUGGUGGACGGGGAGGCGCGCCUGAGCCUCACGCUGGGCGGCAGAACUAAGGCCCUCGUCGAGAAGCUCGACAUGGCGGCCUGCACCUACCGCAUCUCCGUGCAGUGCGUGACGAGCAGGGGCAGCUCGGACGGGCUGCGGUGCACGCUGCUGGUGGGCAAGGACGUGGUGGUGGCCCCUUCGCACCUGCGGGUGGACAACAUCACGCAGAUCUCCGCCCAGCUGUCCUGGCUGCCCACCAACAGCAACUACAGCCACGUGAUCUUCCUCAACGAGGAGGAGUUUGACAUCGUCAAGGCCGCGAGGUACAAGUACCAGUUCUUUAACCUCAGGCCCAACAUGGCCUACAGGGUGAAGGUUCUGGCCAAACCCCACCAGAUGCCGUGGCAGCUGCCUCUGGAGCAGCGGGAGAAGAAGGAGGCCUUCGUGGAGUUCUCCACGCUGCCCGCAGGUCCUCCUGCCCCCCCACAAGAUGUCACUGUCCAAGCUGGGGCCACCUCGGCCAGCGUGCAGGUCUCCUGGAAGCCGCCCACUCUGACGACCACCGGGCUGUCCAACGGAGCCGACGUCACGGGCUACGGCGUGUAUGCAAAGGGACACAGGGUGGCUGAGGUCAUCGCCCCCACGGCGGAUGGCACAGCCGUGGAGCUGGUGCGGCUGCGGAGCCUGGAAGCCAAGUGUGUGACCGUGCGGACCCUCUCCGCACAGGGCGAGUCCAUAGACUCUGUGGUUGCUGCCAUUCCCGCCGACCUCCUCGUGCCUCCAACCCCCCACCCGAGAACUGCUCCCACACCGAAGCCAUUAGCAAGUGCUGGAGCCCCCGAUACCAAAGAUGAACACCUGGGUCCCCACGUCAGAGUGGACGAGGCCUGGGAGCAGAGUCGGGCGCCUGCCCCGGCCCACGGGCACAUGCUGGAAGCGCCCAGCCUACAGGGCCCGGGCCCAGGGAGGCGGUCGCCCUCGCCCAGCCGGAUCCUCCCGCAGCCGCAGGGGGCCCCAGUUUCCACCUCCGUCGCCAAGGCCAUGGCCCGGGAAGCUGCGCAGAGAGUGGCCGAAAGCAGCAGGUUAGAGAAACGGAGCAUCUUCCUGGAGAGGAGCAGCGGACAGUACACGAACUCCGACGAGGAGGACAGCUACGAGUCCCCGGAAGUCAGGAGGAGGGGCGCCUCGGUGGACGACUUCCUCAAGGGGUCCGAGCUCGGCAAGCCGCCGCACUGUUGCCAUGGAGACGAGUACCACACGGAGAGCAGCCGGGGGUCCGACCUCUCAGACAUCAUGGAGGAGGACGAGGAGGAGCUCUACUCCGAGAUGCAGCUGGAAGACGGGGGCAGGCGGCGGCCCAGCGGCACCUCCCACAACGCCCUCAAGAUUUUAGGAAACCCGGUGUUGGCAGGACGGGCCGAGAGGGCAGAUCACGGGGGCCGGAGGUUUUCCCACGGCGGUGCUGGGCCCCACAGGGCCCGGCCAGUGAUGGUCCCGUCCAUUGAUGAAUACAGCGGGCGAGACCAUCUCUCUCCAGAUUUCUAUGAAGAGUCCGAGACUGACCCUGGAGCUGAAGAGCUGCCAGCCCGGAUCUUCGUGGCUCUUUUUGACUAUGACCCGCUCACCAUGUCCCCGAAUCCAGAUGCUGCAGAAGAGGAGCUUCCCUUUAAAGAAGGGCAGAUCAUCAAGGUUUAUGGUGAUAAAGAUGCUGAUGGAUUCUACCGUGGCGAAACCUGUGCCCGGCUUGGCCUUAUUCCUUGUAACAUGGUCUCUGAGAUCCAAGCAGAUGAUGAGGAGAUGAUGGACCAGCUUCUUAGACAAGGCUUCCUCCCUCUGAACACGCCCGUGGAGAAAAUAGAGAGAAACAGGAGAAGUGGCAGGCAGCACUCAGUGUCGACUCGAAGAAUGGUGGCCCUCUAUGACUAUGAUCCGAGGGAGAGCUCACCUAACAUCGACGUUGAGGCUGAACUUACGUUUUGCACGGGAGAUAUUAUUACUGUUUUUGGUGAAAUUGAUGAAGAUGGAUUUUACUACGGGGAGCUUAAUGGGCAGAAAGGCCUUGUACCUUCAAACUUCCUAGAAGAAGUGCCUGAUGACGUAGAAGUCUAUCUUUCUGACGCCCCAUCCCACUAUUCACAAGACACGCCGAUGCGCUCAAAAGCAAAAAGGGUUCCUCCUGAGGGUUCAGGUACAGCAAGGAGAGCGCCAUCCCCCACAGUCCAUCUCCAUUCGGGGUCACCUACGUCAUCUAUGGGUACUGGUAGUCCUGGGAGAGGCAGGGAAAUGUCCUCGAAAAAGAAAAAGGGGCUGCUUUCCAGAGGCAAGAAACUGCUGAAAAAACUGGGUGCAGUGAAAUGAUUCAUGUGCUUCUGGACAACUUCCAAAUCUAUGUAAUUUUCUUUAAUUCCAAACUAGGGCUUUCAUGACUCAAGUACUUCCUAUAAAAACAAUCUUCUCCCCUGACACCAGUAGAGAAAUGCUCUUUGCACUACCAUCCACUUUAACCAACCGCCAGGACAAAGAGCGGCUGUUGCUCUCUCUCCCAGCCUCCGUGCCAACCUGCUCUUAUUGCCCGAGGUCUGACGGGAGGUGGGGUGUCUCAUGAGCACACGGGGGGCCAGUAGCUCUUGGUAGCUCACUCCCUACAUGUGAUUCCAGGCUUUGUGCAUUUGUCAUCUGCCCUUAAAGGAAUGAUUUCGACCUUUCUCCCUUUUCAAAAUGCUUGCCUCAUGAUGCAUAACUCUCACGUCAACUCUGGUCUUGAAAUUCCUAGUUUAAUCGCCUUGAUGUUCUGCCUUAUAAAUGCACAAUGAUUUGUACUGUUGAAUAAAAACCGCAGUGUACACUUUGUAUGUGUUGUGCAUUCAGUGCUCUCAUCCUCACAGACACAGGGGUUUGAAAUCGAGUUGCACAGGCUGUGCAUUUUAAGAUACUGGUUUUUCAUCUUUCAAAGCAAGCCAGGCAACACACAGAAAAUGUUUACUUACUCAAAUCACUCAAAAGAGGGGAGAGAAAGUAACUUUGUUUGGUAAAGUACCACUCCUCCAACCUGCCA